UUCCCACCGUGAGAAGAUUUUCCCACGUUGUCGUCGUCAUCGACCGUUGACGAGAAAAACAACAUUCUUCAGCACAAAAAAUGCCGGGGCCAGGCGGCAGCAUGGACUACCUCAAGGACCUGAACCAACCGAAGGUGUACGAACUGAAGAAGGCGUUCUGUUUGUUUGAUCUGGACGGGGACGGGGUGAUCAGCGAGCAGGACCUGAGAAACACUUUCCUCACGCUCGGGGUGGAGAUGUCCGAGGCGGAAAUCGGGAAAAUGUUUGAUGGGGUAGUGCAACCGCUCAAUUUGGACGUCUUCCUGCUGCUGGUGCUGCAGCGAGCAAACGGCCUUGCCCCGAUGGAUGUCAUGGUGAACGCGCUGCGCUUCUGGGACAAAGCCAACACCGGUUUCAUCGAUAAGGAAAAGUUCAAGUUCGACAUCAUGUCCUACGGGGAUCGCUUCACGGCGGAGGAAGCCGAAGAGGCGCUGGCGGACGCGGCGGUGACCCGUGGGCCACAAAUAACCCGCGACGGCCAGCUGCUGGAGAAGAUUGACUACCUCGACUUCGCGGCGAACAUUUCCGGCUUCCAGCGAACGGACCACAAGUAGCGAGUAGCGAGUAGCGAGUGCGACGACGGACGGGAUCCAAGCAGGCUGAGGAUGGAAAAGCUGAAGCGACGAGGUGGAGCGGUGGCAGUUUUUGGACGCGAGUCAAAGAAGGCUAUGGAUUGGGAUGUGUUGUUUUUUUUUCGUUUUCACCAAAGGAUAGAACAUAGAAACAUGCGGCAAAUGCAAUCUGUUUCAGCUCGGGUAAGGGAAAGGAAUCGGAAUUAUGUGAGAUGUGGAUCAAGGGAAAUAAGAACUGUGUGUUUUUGUUUUAUGUCGGUAUCGGAUCCGUGCCGGGUGCCAGAAAAUGGAAAAAUUUAUUCGGAUUGUUCUUGCUGUAGUGUGGAUACAAAUGGAGGAAACUGUUUCUCAGGAAGGCAGUUUGCAUGCAUUUCCAUGCAUUGUUGAAAGAAAACAAGACGAAGAACACAAUUUUUGGCAUGCAAUGGGGUGUGAAAUAAUAAAAGGAAGCUCUAUCUGACUCA